UUUGUUCCCAAGAAUUUUGUAGUGUGGUUGCUGUUUGGUUUCCUAGAAAAUUUUGGCCUUUUCCAGUGAUUUUCUUUUUGGGUUUUCCUCCUUCCUUUGCCCCUUGAAAGAUGAAACUUUUCCAUGGGACUGUGGACUGCUAUUGUUGAUCCCCUCAAAAUUUGUUUUCUUUGCACAGAGGCAGAAACUUGUUUGCUUUCCUAGAAAAUUAGCCUUUUUUUUUUUUUUUUUUUUUUUUUUUUUCUGGGUUUUCCUUGUCUUUCUCUUUCCUUUAAGCUUUUAAACCCUUCCUCUGGGUUGCCAUUAUAAUCUCUUAAAAAUUUUGUAUAUUUUUCUUUGCAAAGGUCGAAACAUAUCUGAGGACUUUGCUCGAUUUUGUAGAAGAUGAGGAGGGGAAAAACUGUGAUGAAAAGGAUCGAGAAUGCAGCAAGCAGACUAGUGUCCUUCUCGAAGCGUCGAAACGGCCUGCUUAAGAAGGCUUUUGAGCUAUCUGUUCUCUGUGAUGUCGAAGUUGCAGUUAUCAUCUUCUCACAAAAAGGAAGACUUUAUGAGUUCUCGAACUCCGACAUGCAGAAGACCAUUGAACGAUACCAUAAGCAUACAAAAGAAACUCUGUCUCACAAGCCUGAAAUGGAACAACGCAUGCAGCACUUGAGGAUUGAAACAGCAGAUAUAUUUAAGAAGAUUGAGUUCCUGGAAGUUUCUAAAAGGAAGCUGUUGGGUCAAGGAUUGGGGUCAUGUUCUAUUGAGGAACUUCAAGAGAUUGAUAGCCAGCUAGAACAGAGCUUGAAAAACAUCAGGGCAAGAAAGGCCCAGUUAUUCAAGGAGCAGAUGCAACAACUAAAAGCAAAGGAAAGAAUGUUGUUAGAAGAAAAUGUGAAGUUAUUUGAAAAGUGUGGUCAUUGGAAGUCAUGGCAGCAACCAAUAACCCAACAAAGGAAAGCAAUAAGCAAUUGCAUCCAAAAUAACAAGUGCUUGGAGGUUGUGACGGAAUUGUCCAUUGGACUACCACAAAACAAUUAAUAUCAACCAUCUGAAUUACUUUAUGACUGAAAUUAUUUCGCUGCCCCAAAUAAUGUUGUAAAUAACGUGGUAUGUUCAGUGUAUGUGAUAGGUUAGUCCAUUAUUUUUCUCUUUAAUAUUUCCUUCUUUAAUUGUAUAAGAGUUAAAUGUACCAUUAAUAUAUGAUCUAAGAAUACCAUAAAAAAUAUAAUGUAAGAUGUUGG